UUGCCCUGCAGUACUUCAUAGACAUACCUGGUUACUCUCCCCCUCCCCAAAAGAUCCAUCCGAUAAUCUUCGCCGCCAUUCGCUAACUCGUUAUGGCGCCUCACUCACCCUCACCCUGGCUCGUUCUAACCCUCCGAAAGCUUCUUCUCCUCUUUCUCCUUCGGAACUUCCUAGGCGCCGCCCUCGCCCAGGACUGCUGGAAGGACACCCCGUGCACUGGCCCCCGAGAAGCCGCCUUUCCCGGCGUGUGGGAGUCGGACAUCUUUGCUCCGCUGGCGCGGACCGUGACCGCCGCCGCCGUCUUCGAUCCGGCUACCGGGCAGGGCCUGCCGGGGAACGUAUCCCUAACCGGCGCCGGAUCGGCCGCGUGCCUUGAUUUCGGCGUCGAAGUCGGCGGGAUCUUGACGGUCCGGUUCCGCGUAUCGUCUGCGGGCGGCGGCAGCGGCCGUGGCGCUCUCGGCGUGGCGUUCGCCGAGGCCAGGGACUGGGUCGGCCCGGCCUCGGACUCGUCAAGCGGUAUCUUCGAGCGGCGGGAUGGCGCGCUCUAUGCCAACUUCUCGGCGCCCGGAGAAUACGAGUACGUCAUGCCAGACGAGCGGCUCCGCGGGGGUUUCCGGUACGCGACGCUCUUCCUCGUCGACGUCGGGCCGGAAGUCGUGGUCGCGGUCGACGACGUCAGUCUCGAGCUGUCCUUCCAGCCGACUUGGGCCAACCUCCGGGCGUACCAGGGGUACUUUCAUAGUAACGAUAACCUUCUCAACAGGAUUUGGUACAGUGGUGCAUAUACUCUCCAGACGAACGCCAUCCAUCCUUCAACGGGGCGAGCCUGGCCAGCUCCCGACAGCCUAUGGCAGAACGACGGCGUCAUCGGACCGGGCGACACGAUUGGUACCGACGGCGCGAAGCGCGAUAGGACCGUCUGGCCCGGCGACAUGGGUGUCGCGAUAUCCGCCGCCUUUUAUAGCACCGGGGACACAGAGAGCGUGAGAAACUCGUUACGGGUUCUGUAUGACUACCAGUCGCCGUCCGGUUUGCUGCCCUUUUCCGGGCCGCCGCUCCUGGCGGCAGAGAGUGAUACCUAUCACAUGUGGACCAUGAUAGGAACGUACAACUACGUCCUCUAUUCCGGUGACUUGGACUUUGCUCGAGACAUUUGGCCUCGGUAUCUGGCAGGCAUGAGCUUCCUCGCUGGCCAAUUUGACCCAUCCCUGGGGCUUCUAAAUAUCAGCGGCUACGCGAAUGACUGGGGUCGCUUGCACACGGAUAACACUUUGGUCUCGGCCCAAGUGCUUUACUAUCGCACGCUGAUCACCGGGGCUGCGCUCGCUGAUUGGCUCGGCGACACGAGCGGAAUCAAUUCGACGUGGCUCGAAGCCGCUUCGAAGCUCAGAGGUGACAUUCAUGAACGUCUCUGGGACGGCGCCUUCGGCGCGUUUGCCAACAGCAUCGAGUCCCUCGAGCAGAGCACCGGCCUGCACCCCCAGGACGGCAACGCUCUCGCGGUGUUAUUCGAUGUGGCACAAACUGCGUCGGAUCGAACGCAGGCGAUCUCCUCUUACCUGACGCGGAACUGGACCCCUAUCGGAGCUGAGUGUCCCGAGCUCCCUACGGAAAUCUCCACCUUCGUCUCUUCAUUUGAAAUCCAGGCGCACCUAAUGGCUGGGCAAGCGCAGCGUGCUCUCGACUUGAUGCGGACUAGCUGGGGCUGGUACCUGAACAACGAGAAUGGGACGCAAUCUACCAUGAUUGAGGGUUACUUGACAGAUGGGCAGUUUGGCUACCGGUGGGAUGCCGGCUACGGGGGCGACUAUUCGUAUACUUCGCACUCUCACGGGUGGGCAACGGGCCCCAUCGCAGCAUUGACCGAGCAUGUCCUUGGCCUUAGUGUUACUGGACUUGCUGGGUCGACUUGGCGAAUUGCGCCCCAGUUCGGGGACCUGACGCACGUAGAAGGCGGUUUCACCACUAGACUGGGCAAAUACUCGGCGGCGUGGACGGCGAAUAGCACGGGCGCCUAUGUGCUGGAAUACCAAGUUCCCGAGGGUACUUCGGGGACGCUCAUCCUCCCCAAUCCGAGAGGGGAGGGAUCCCAGGUGGCGGUUGAUGGGGAGGUGGUACAACAGAAGUUCGGGGAAUCAGUGGAGGGAGGCGGCGGCAGACGAGUGUAUGUCAGUCCCGCCAAGGGUGGACGUCAUCGCAUCGAGGUCAGCUAGAGAGGGCAGUUUGUGGGCUUGUCCACAGAGGUAAGUUGGUGCCGUCGUUAUGCUCAGGAUUGGCAAGCAAGAGUGCCUCCAACACGCAUCUGUUAUCGCAUGCCGGUGUUGCCUGUAGACUGCACU